AUGCAGUGCAAUCACACGACUGCAGUGUCACGAGUGCGUCGCGCUUCACUAAACAAUACACGCGACGCUAAACAAAUACUUCUGGGAGCAAAACAGGCCGUCGGAGCGCUCGGAUUGGACUGUGAAACAACUGUGGGAAAAAAGGGGACAUGUAAGAGUUUUCGCGAUUGCUACCCGCUUUUCAAAGUUGUGGACUUAUCUGGAUGGGAUGGAUGGGUGAUGGGCCACUACGACACAUGCAGCUACGUCAAUUCUAACAACAUGGAGGUGUUCGGCGUUUGUUGUACGGAACCGGCGGGCACACCCCCGCAACAGGAGCCCGAUGUCCAACGAUUCGGUGAUCUCCCACAAGUGGUACCGGCACAAGCGCCGCCUACAUAUUUUGCCGGGUUUCCAGGCCGAAUCUUGUCCUCGCUAUCACAUCAAUGGAGUUUAAGUGAUGUGAAUCGAGUACGUCAAAUACCAGAAAACUGGCCGCCUCCUAUUCCGCCGCUACCAACCCAUCCACCGAAUCACGCUGCACCAACUCAUCCUCCUUCUUUUGUGGCUGGUAACGUUGAGCCUACUACGAGUAAGCCCGGAAUCCCUAGUACACCGACAACAACUUGGGGAACUAAACCUCCAGCAAGCACCACAAAACAAACAUGGCCUCCCGCAUAUCCGACACAACCAACUAAACCGACUGGCCAACCAUCUGUAGACGGCUCAUGUGGCAUAAAGAACGGCCCUCAGACUUACGGCAAUACUUACGAGCUGCAAGACGAGGAGAGGAUCGUGGGCGGUCAUAAUGCCGACUUGAACGAGUGGCCGUGGAUCGUGGCGCUGUUCAACGGGGGGCGGCAGUUUUGCGGCGGCUCAAUAAUCGACGACAGACACGUGCUUUCGGCAGCUCAUUGUGUUGCACACAUGACGUCGUGGGACGUGGCUCGCUUGACUGCCCGCCUGGGCGAUCACAACAUUCGCACCAACACCGAAACGCAACACGUAGAGAGGAAAAUCAAACGAGUUGUCAGACACCGAGGAUUCAACAUGCAGACAUUGUACAAUGACGUCGCUCUUCUCACGCUAGACCAACCAGUGACGUUUUCGAAGUCAAUUCGUCCGAUAUGCUUGCCUAGUGGCAACAGAGCCUACGCUGGUCAAGUGGCUACCGUCAUAGGAUGGGGCAGUUUACGCGAGAGUGGUCCUCAGCCAUCCGUACUGCAAGAGGUGACGAUCCCGAUUUGGCAGAAUUCGGAUUGUCGUCUGAAGUACGGCUCUGCGGCUCCAGGUGGUAUCGUCGACCAUAUGAUCUGCGCCGGCAAGGCUAGCAUGGACUCUUGCAGUGGUGAUAGUGGUGGUCCUUUGAUGGUGAACGAAGGUGGUCGUUGGACUCAAGUGGGAGUGGUCUCGUGGGGUAUUGGAUGCGGUAAAGGGCAAUAUCCUGGCGUGUACACUCGCGUUACCGCCUUCCUACCAUGGAUACAGAAAAAUUCUAAGAAC